AUGGGGGCGGCGCUGGUGCGGCGUGGGGGCUGCCUCCUGCUCUGGCUGGCCCUGCUGCUGGGCUGCUGGGCCGAGCUGGGCAGCGGGCUGGAGUUCCCGGGGGCGGAGGGCCAGUGGACCCGCUUCCCCAAGUGGAAUGCCUGCUGUGAGAGCGAGAUGAGCUUCAACAUGAAGACGCGCAGCUCCAGCGGGCUGGUGCUCUACUUCGACGAUGAGGGCUUCUGCGACUUCCUGGAGCUCAUCCUAACCCAGGGCGGGCGGCUGCAGCUCAGCUUCUCCAUCUUCUGCGCCGAGCCCGCCACCCUGCUCUCCGACACGGCGGUCAACGACAACCUCUGGCACGCUGUCGUCAUCCGCCGCCACUUCAAGAACACGACGCUGAUCAUCGACCGGGCCGAGGCCAAGUGGGUGGAGGUGAAGUCCAAGCGGCGGGACAUGACUGUCUUCAGUGGCCUCUUCUUAGGGGGGCUCCCGCCAGAGCUGCGGUCAGCGACGCUAAAGCUGACGCUCUCCUCCGUCAAGGACCGGGAGCCCUUCAAGGGCUGGAUAACGGACGUCCGGGUCAACUACACGCAGGCAUCGCCGGUGGAGAGCCAGGAGGUGCGGCUGGACGACGAGCAGAGCCGCCUGUGCGCCAGGGAGGACGUCUGCCUCAACGGGGGCGUCUGCUCAGUGCUCAACGACCAGGCCGUCUGUGACUGCUCCCAAACGGGCUUUCGUGGGAAGGACUGCAGCGAAGAAGUUUCCUUUGUCAUUCAGAUGGUUUCACCCAUUCUGAUGCAUGAGAGCUCUCCUGGGCCAAAUAAUGACAAAAUAGUUUGUAUAGAUACUGCAAGACCAGUAUCUCUAAAAGACAACUAUGUGGAAGGUCUGGCGCACCUGAUGAUGGGCGACCAAGGUAAAAGUAAAGGAAAAGAAGAAUAUAUUGCGACGUUCAAGGGAUCAGAAUACUUCUGCUAUGAUUUAUCUCAGAAUCCCAUACAGAGUAGCAGCGAUGAAAUAACUCUGUCGUUUAAAACACUUCAGAGGAACGGACUGAUGCUUCACACAGGAAAAUCGGCUGAUUAUGUCAAUCUUGCACUGAAAAAUGGAGCUGUCUCCUUGGUCAUUAAUUUGGGCUCAGGGGCCUUUGAAGCACUGGUGGAACCUGUGAAUGGGAAAUUUAAUGACAAUGCCUGGCAUGAUGUGAAAGUAACCAGGAAUCUGCGUCAGCACUCAGGCAUUGGACACGCUAUGGUAAACAAACUACAUUGUUCGGUGACAAUAUCAGUGGAUGGAAUUCUGACCACAACGGGAUACACGCAAGAAGACUACACCAUGCUGGGCUCUGAUGACUUUUUCUAUGUUGGAGGCAGUCCUAGCACAGCAGACCUCCCAGGGUCACCAGUCAGUAACAACUUUAUGGGCUGUCUCAAAGAGGUUGUAUAUAAAAAUAACGAUGUCAGGUUGGAGUUAUCUCGACUUGCCAAGCAAGGAGAUCCUAAAAUGAAGAUUCAUGGGGUUGUAGCAUUUAAAUGUGAGAAUGUUGCAACAUUAGAUCCAAUCACAUUUGAAACACCAGAGUCUUUCAUCUCUUUGCCAAAGUGGAAUGCCAAGAAAACAGGCUCAAUAUCAUUUGACUUUCGUACAACUGAGCCAAAUGGCCUGAUUCUUUUCAGUCAUGGAAAACCAAGGCACCAAAAAGAUGCCAAACACCCACAGAUGGUGAAGGUUGACUUUUUUGCCAUUGAGAUGCUUGAUGGCCACCUCUACCUGCUGUUAGACAUGGGAUCGGGUACUAUAAAAAUAAAAGCCUUGCAGAAGAAGGUGAAUGAUGGUGAAUGGUACCAUGUGGAUUUUCAGCGCGAUGGACGGUCAGGGACCAUAUCUGUGAACACAUUACGUACACCAUAUACUGCACCAGGGGAAAGUGAAAUCCUUGACUUGGAUGAUGACUUGUACCUUGGAGGCUUACCAGAAAAUAAAGCAGGCCUCGUCUUCCCAACAGAGGUGUGGACAGCACUUCUCAAUUAUGGAUACGUCGGCUGCAUUAGAGAUUUAUUUAUUGAUGGUCAAAGCAAAGAUAUUCGACAGAUGGCUGAAAUUCAAAGUACAGCUGGAGUAAAACCCUCAUGCUCAAGAGAAACUGCAAAACCUUGCCUUAGCAACCCCUGUAAAAACAAUGGUGUGUGCAGGGAUGGGUGGAACAGAUAUGUUUGUGAUUGCUCUGGUACGGGGUACCUUGGCAGAUCAUGCGAAAGAGAGGCAACAAUUUUAAGCUAUGAUGGAAGUAUGUUUAUGAAAAUACAGCUCCCUGUUGUGAUGCAUACAGAGGCCGAAGAUGUUUCUUUACGGUUCAGGUCUCAGCGAGCUUAUGGCAUUUUAAUGGCAACUACUUCUAGGGAAUCUGCAGAUACUCUUCGUUUAGAGUUGGAUGCAGGACGAGUUAAACUAACGGUCAACCUAGACUGUAUCAGGAUUAACUGUAAUUCCAGCAAAGGUCCAGAAACCCUUUUUGCUGGCUAUAACCUCAAUGAUAAUGAGUGGCACACAGUGCGUGUGGUUCGGCGAGGAAAAAGUUUAAAGUUAAUGGUGGAUGACCAGCAGGCCAUGACAGGUCAAAUGGCUGGUGAUCACACACGACUGGAAUUCCACAACAUAGAAACAGGAAUAAUAACAGAACGGCGCUACCUGUCUUCUGUGCCUUCUAAUUUCAUUGGGCAUCUACAGAGUCUUACAUUUAAUGGCAUGGCAUACAUUGACUUAUGUAAAAAUGGAGACAUCGAUUAUUGUGAGCUAAAUGCAAGAUUUGGGUUCAGGAACAUCAUAGCAGACCCUGUAACCUUUAAAACAAAAGCAAGUUAUGUUGCAUUGGCUACGCUACAAGCAUAUACAUCUAUGCACCUUUUUUUCCAGUUCAAAACAACCUCUCUGGAUGGAUUGAUACUUUAUAACAGUGGCGAUGGAAAUGAUUUCAUUGUGGUUGAAUUAGUAAAAGGAUAUUUACACUAUGUGUUUGACUUGGGAAAUGGUGCAAAUCUCAUCAAAGGAAGUUCUAAUAAACCUCUGAAUGACAACCAGUGGCAUAAUGUGAUGAUAUCAAGGGAUACCAACAAUCUCCACACUGUAAAGAUUGACACUAAAAUCACAACACAGAGCACAGCAGGAGCCAGAAAUUUAGAUCUCAAAAGUGAUUUGUAUAUUGGAGGAGUGGCCAAAGAAAUGUAUAAGUCCUUGCCAAAACUGGUGCAUGCAAAAGAGGGAUUCCAAGGCUGUCUUGCAUCAGUUGACUUGAAUGGACGGCUCCCUGAUCUAAUCUCAGAUGCUCUCUUCUGCAAUGGGCAAAUAGAAAGAGGAUGUGAAGGCCCCAGCACAACGUGCCAAGAGGAUUCAUGCGCAAACCAGGGAGUGUGCUUACAGCAGUGGGAUGGAUUCAGUUGUGACUGUAGUAUGACCUCCUUUAGUGGACCAUUAUGCAAUGACCCGGGAACAACAUAUAUCUUUAGCAAAGGUGGUGGACAAAUCACUUACACGUGGCCUCCUAAUGAUCGGCCAAGCACUCGUGCGGACAGACUGGCAAUAGGGUUUAGUACUGUUCAAAAAGAAGCUGUGUUGGUACGAGUGGACAGUUCUACUGGGCUCGGAGAUUAUUUAGAGCUGCAUAUUCACCAGGGAAAAAUUGGAGUUAAAUUUAAUGUUGGAACGGAUGACAUCUCUAUUGAAGAGAUCAACGCAAUCAUUAAUGAUGGAAAAUACCAUGUAGUACGUUUCACAAGAAGUGGUGGCAAUGCCACAUUACAGGUGGACAACUGGCCAGUUAUCGAACGUUACCCAGCAGGAAACAAUGAUAACGAGCGCCUGGCGAUUGCUAGACAGCGAAUUCCAUAUCGACUUGGUCGAGUAGUUGAUGAAUGGCUACUCGACAAAGGGCGUCAGCUCACAAUCUUCAAUAGCCAAGCAACCAUAAAAAUUGGAGGCAAGGAACGUGGCCACCCUUUCCAAGGCCAGCUCUCUGGUCUUUACUACAAUGGCUUGAAAGUUCUGAAUAUGGCAGCAGAAAAUGAUGCCAACAUCGUGAUAGAAGGAAAUGUGAGACUUGUUGGUGAAGUGCCUUCCUCUAUGACAACCGAGUCCACAGCCACAGCGAUGCAGUCUGAGAUGUCCACGUCAGUCAUGGAAACAACCACCACUUUGGCCACGAGCACUGCUAGAAGAGGAAAGACCCCGACAAAAGAACCUAUUGGUCAGACCACAGAUGACAUCCUGGUGGCCUCGGCUGAAUGUCCUAGCGAUGACGAGGACAUCGAUCCCUGUGAGCCGAGCUCAGGUGGGUUAGCGAAUCCUACCAGGGCAGGAGGAGGAAGGGAGUACCCUGGCUCGUCCGAGGUGAUUCGUGAAUCCAGCAGCACCACAGGCAUGGUAGUUGGGAUCGUGGCAGCAGCAGCGCUGUGUAUCCUCAUUCUCCUGUAUGCUAUGUACAAGUACAGGAAUCGAGACGAAGGAUCGUAUCACGUAGAUGAGAGUCGAAACUACAUCAGUAACUCAGCACAAUCCAAUGGGGCUGUGAUCAAGGAAAAACAGCCCAACAGCGCUAAAAGUUCCAACAAAAACAAGAAAAAUAAGGAUAAGGAGUACUAUGUCUGAUCUCAACAUCUAAAAGAACGCUUGUAUAGAAAUAGUCUUCAUUUUAUCUGAGACAUAAUACAAACUUAUUUACUUUACUUUUUAUGAAGCACAUUCAAAAACAAACAAAAAAGACAGGGAAUGCAAUCAGAAAGGAAAGACUGUUUUUAAAAACAAGCAUUUCAUGCUCUUGUUUUUCAGAAACAGGAGCUGAUAAAUUCCCUAACAUCCACAGUGUUUUCAUUUACUCUGCCUGUCUUUAUGUUGCUGGAACAUUUCUGAAAGACAAUGAUGACACCACGCAUUCAUAAAGCAAGGAGUAUUACUACAACAUCAAGGCACAAUAUGAAACAAAACAAAUUAAAAAAACAAAACAGGAAAAAAAAAGAAAAAAGAAGCUACCUAUGAUUCUGGAUUUAGCCAAAGUGCUAGCGCUUUCUUGAGAAGUAAGUUAGUCUUAUUGUCAGAGAAGACUGUCAUUAUAUAUGGUGACUCAACAAGCAAACAUAAAGAGUUUGCCGUCUGGCGCAGUGAAGCAGUGAUUGGAAACUUGCAUUUGAAACAAAGUGCUGGCUUUUCUGAAGACUUACGUAGAAAUACUUUCAAAAAGCCCCUUUCUGGUUGUGAGGAAAAUAGUACGGAGGCCUUAUUUUCAAAAACAAAAACAAAAAUCUGGAAUAUAAGGCACAUUUCCACAAAAAAAAAAAAAAACAAAAAAAGAAAAAAACAAACAAGAGGGCAUAGAUGCAAUCAUUGGGAAAUUUUCAUGCACGCUUAAUAUGUUAUUACAUAUGUUUAUAUAAAAACACAUCUAUAUGUGCUUUCUGGACUGUGAUAAGUGAUGUUUUAUAGCCUGUUGUAUAGAAAAUGCAAACUAUAUCUGCUCUUCAGCCAUUUUUGGUAAACUCAAUGUUAUAAGUGUUGCUAGGUAUAGAGAGUUUUAUGACAUCUGGAGCAACAGACAUACUUCAGUUUUUUUGCAGCCAUUAUAAAUUGUC